AUGGAGCCCAGCAGCCGGAGGCCCCCGGGGCCGAGCCCCGGCUCCGCGCUGAGCCUGGAUGCCCGGCUGGGCGUGGACACGCGCCUCUGGGCCAAGGUGCUGUUCACCGCGCUCUACUCGCUCAUCUUCGCGCUGGGCACGGCGGGCAAUGCGCUGUCCGUGCACGUGGUGCUGAAGGCGCGGGCCGGGCCCCCCGGGCGCCUGCGCUACCACGUGCUCAGCCUGGCGCUCUCCGCCCUGCUGCUGCUGCUGGUCUGCGUGCCCGUGGAGCUCUACAACUUCGUGUGGUUCCACUACCCCUGGGUCUUCGGCGACCUGGGCUGCCGCGCUUACUACUUCGUGCGCGAGCUGUGCGCCUACGCCACGGUGCUCGGCGCCGCCUGCCUGAGCGCCGAGCGCUGCCUGGCCGUGUGCCGGCCCCUGCGCGCCCGCCGCCUGCUGACGCCGCGCAGGACCCGCCGCCUGCUGUCGCUCGUCUGGGCCGCCUCGCUGGGCCUGGCCCUGCCCAUGGCAGUUAUCAUGGGGCAGAAGCACGAGCUGGAGACGGCCAGUGGGGAGCCGGAGCCCGCCUCGCGCGUGUGCACCGCGCUGGUGAGCCGCACCACGCUGCAGGUCUGCAUCCAGGUCAAUGUGCUGGUGUCCUUCGUGCUCCCCUUGGCAUUGACUGCUUUCCUGAAUGGGGUCACCGUCAGCCACCUGGCGGCCCUCUGCUCCCAGGUGCCCACCCCUUCUGCCACGGGCAGCUCUGCCCCCAGCCCCCUGCAGCUCGUGUGCGAGGAGAGGAAGACACUGUCCCUGGGCCGCCAGGCCAGCCUCGUGAGACACAAGGGCUCCGGCCGGAUCCGUGGCCUCCAGCUCAGCAUCCAAGUUCUCAGAGGCAUCGUGGCCGUGUACGUGGUCUGCUGGAUGCCCUACCACGCCCGCAGGCUCAUGUACUGCUAUGUCCCAGACGACGCGUGGACCGAAAAACUCUACGACUUCUACCACUACUUCUACAUGGUGACAAACACGCUUUUCUACGUCAGCUCGGCGGUGACCCCUGUCCUGUACAACGCCGUGUCCUCCUCCUUCAGAAAGCUCUUCCUGGAAGCCCUGGGCUCCCUGUGUCGAGAGCGCCACCCCGUGAAGCGCUAUUCCGGGGAGCCCGGGAGCCCCACCCUGGUGCAUACGGGGUCCGGCCCUGGGACUCCCCCAGGAAGCCCCCCUGGAUUAAGUCGAAGAAUGAGCAGAGGAGCAAUGACUGUCCGGCGAUGCAGCACUCGGACGAGUCUCUCCAUCACUAAUAACUCAAGCCACGCGGUCGGGCCGCCUACGGGGACCCCCAGCUCUGCCACUCACCAGCUGUGCACCUGCAGGCAAGCCACUCACACCUCCGAGCCUCUGUCUCCUGUCCAAUGGAGAUGAAUGAAUAAUACCCAUCUUUAGUGUUUUCUGAAGAGCUGUUUAGCACAGAGCCUGGUGCAUAAUAAAGAAUACAU